CACUAUUGCCACCAGCAGCAUGGCAGGUGCAGCUGUUCAUUAAUUUUGCUAUAAAAACUGAAAUUGGAGUUGUCAAUGCUGAAAAUGUUAAGGACUGGGGGAACUGUAAUAAAUGCUGAGGCUUAAAACACAUGCCUAGGCUCCCUGAAACCUGAGCUCAUGGCUUUAGUGAAGGAAGGUAACUGACACUGGACUGUGUGCUCACAUGGGUGAGGAGCAACCCAGUGCUAUCGAAUUUAAGGGAGACCCAUUUAUGGGUGUCCCGGGAUCCAACCAAGAGCUGUCUCAUCCCAAGUAUGUUCUGCUGUCAUGGAGAUUGGUCACUUUCAGCAGUGGUAAAUGAGACCUGCCCUUUAUCUGAUGUUUCUAUCAGUUGCAAUUUUUCAGUAUAUAUACAAUGAAAAGUCAUGUGCUGAAGCUUAUGCUCCUUUCUUCUGGUGUGCAAAAGGAAUUUAAUUCACUGCAUAUGGAUAACCCAUUUGUUUACAGUCAAGUUAAGUACAAAGCCAGCUAUUAAGCUUUGCUGUCACCUUUAAUAAAUGGUUUCACAAGAUAAUAACUCUGUGCAGCUACACCCAAGGGCCAUCAGCAUUUUUAAACCCUCUUUAUGUGUCAAGAAAAAGCCACACUGUAACAGCCAACGACACUGUGGAGAAAUAUUACUAGCUAAUAUUUUGUUUGAACACUAAGGUUAUGAGUUACAGGGACCUGCAGGCAAAGCUGAAGCUUUAAGCUGAUCCCCUACCUCAGAAAGGAUGUAGAGCAACAAGUCUUUCCUCAGCUUGGAGAAAAACAAGGCUGGAAGGAGGGGACUUAUCAGAGGCCUAUCUCCCAAGCCUAGCCACCAGGUGAAACACCUUGAGCCUGAUUGCAGAUCGUAGUCACAGUCUGUUUAAGCUGACCUCAGACAGCUGUUGGAAGAAUGGCUACCUUGCCUUUCUGCUCCAUGCCUGCUGCUGUGUGGGCUGGGCCUGCUUGAUGAUAGAUCCAAAAAUUAGUCUGAAGUAGAAAAGGAUAAGAUUUUGGUUGGAUCUGCACACCAAGAGAAGGUACAAAUCUGUGAUCGGAGGAGCAGGAGAGAGAGGUGAUCUGUCUCUUGGGCAGCUGCUUCUUGUCAAGUUGGCAUCAGCCAUUUGUGAGCACUGAAGAGAUCACCUGCUCUGUGGAGAAGACAUCUGACUGAGCCAUGCAGGGGCACUUGCCAGGUAUAUUAUGCUUUAACAAACAUGUUGAUAUCUUUCCUUAAAAUUCAUAUGGCAAUGAAAGGAUUUUGCAUUGCAUUUCUGCCAUGAUGUUCCUUUGACUCUAAGAGUGCUUUUGUAGUCUGGCAAAGCACAGAUCUGAUGAGGCUGGGGUGUGAAACUAGGGAGCUGAUGCAAACCAGGGGGACCCAGGCUGAUUGCAAACCUCCUGGGCUGAGCUGCAAGGAUGAGCUUGUUGAGGAGUUGCGAGCACAAGGUAUUAGCUUGUGAAAGAUCCCUCCCACCAGCAGGUGUUUGCCAUGGAAGGUGAGCAGGCCACGUUGAGUCACAGGGUGCUGUGAGGCACAGCCUGCAUCAUCUGGGCAGUGAGGGGUGAGUGGGAAUCAAAGCUGCUGAUAAAUGGUGUGGGGUUGUAUGUUGUGAAAUGAGGAGAUGGUUGGUAAGGGCUGGAAAAAUGGUUAAGAUAAGGAGGAACUGAAAAGAAGGAUUUGAGGAAUAACCUCUUGGCCGUGGAGGGAGUCCUUCCCAACUGCUGGCUGCAAGGCUGGAGGUGCUGGGGCUGCAGGGCUGCAUCAUGCUCGCUCAAAGUGUGUGAUCAGAAUUAGAAACCAUUAUAACUGUAAUGACUGAAAUUGCAGAGUGAUGCAUCUAGGCCUUUUGAACUCUGGAUAUGGCAUUUGCAUGCUAAUAUCUGAGAACAAUUACCUCAUGUCUCCUAAGGGAAGUGGUUGAGGCCCCAUCUGCACACCAGCAGGGCCUGAUUUUCAGAGGCGCUGAGCAAUUGCCUAUCCCAGGAAAAAUCAGGCUGGAAAAUAAACUGCAGAUAACAAUCUGGUACUGGCAGAGGAAUAGAGUAGGUGGGACCUAUUAUGUUUUUUUCCAUCUCAAAAUUUUAUGAUUUGGCUGUAGGUAUUCGCCUGAUAUGAGGAUUUAAAAAAGAAAAUAGUAAUAAUACUGUGUGAUCAACCCACACAGCUCUGCUCCCCAGUCAGUUCCCACACCUUCGUUCCCCAGCUUACUCAAAGGGUUUGGUUGGGGAAAAAAUCACAAAGAAACCACAAGCAGAGCGGAUCACCACAACAUGGCAAUGACUGGGUUACAGAUAAUUAAUUUUUUGGAGCUAGAUUAUCCCCUGGGUUUACACACCUGUCUGGAGGAGCAAGGCAGAAGAGACCAUCCUCCACCUGAUGCUGAGGAGCUACAAAAAAUGUGGCUCGAGGUGUGAUGCCUGCUCAGAUGCCUCAGAUCUAUCUCUCUUCUCCAUGCCCCAUCCCUAGAGCAGGGGUGAGGUGGAGCACAGCAGGGCUUCUCUGGUGAUGAAAAAGGGGAAACAGGAACUGCUCUGGGUGGGAGUAAACAAUGUUACUUGCUUCCAGGGAAAAACAGGAAAAUACAGCCCUCAUUGGCCAGUCCUGAGGGAUUUCUUUCAAACAAAAUGUCUGCAUGUAUCCUUUCAAUCUAGCCUUGCACAACAAGUUAAUGGUAGAAAGGGAUCUAUGGUCCAAGCAUUUUGAUAGCAGAGAAUAGGCAUCCUCUGAAGGCUGAGAUAAUGCAGUAACAUCCUUUUGUGCCUGCCAUGUCAUGGUGAAAACAAGCAGCUACACUGCAGGUAUCUUGUGAAAGAAAGGGAUAGCAAUGGAUGCAAUUACAUUGUAUUUGUUCAAGAUGUUCUUGAACAAAUUGUCUUCUAUCUACAAAAUGUAAUGAAGAGUAAAUCGUAAAUAUGACCUGGAUUGCUACCAUUAUGUGAAAAUGUAUCUAUGGGAUCAUGCACAUUAGCUGUUUCCCAGAAAAAGCCAAUUAUCUUAACGAUGGAGUCCUAACUUGUUAAUCACUCCAUCAUGUGUCCUUUUAUUUUCUCAUCAGUAGUGUUAGUAAUCUUUUGUACUUCAGCUGCUGUCUUAGGGUAACAGAGUUGGAGGCUUCAAGCUUUUUUUCCUUCAGAGUAUUUGUAAAUGUGCUUUUCCUAUACAGAUCAGGCUGUAGGUGAGCAGGGUAGUAUGUUCAGAGCUACAAGUGCUACGUGAUUAUUGUGGGGCUUUUUAUGCGCGUGGCGACAUAAAAUAUACUGUGUUGGUUUUGAUCUCUUAGAAGGAUCUCAGUCAACAGUCUCAGCUAUUUCAGACAGAGACUCUCCUGUUUAUCGGUGUUGUAUUCCAGAAACAGAUCUUUCUCAAUGCCUCAAGUGAUUACAGCUGUAGGGUUGCAUGCAGUAAGCUAACGUGUGACACAUAUACGUGUGAUAUGUAAGGGAUCUAGUUGUAAUACCCAGCCUUUCUAAAUCAUUAUUUCUAGAGCGUGGUGCAUUUGAAAAGAUAUGCAAUACUUUGAAAAUGAAAUAGAUUACUGUUUUUCUGUUUUAUUUCACAUCCUUAUUUUCUUUACUAUUCUGCUCUAUGGAGAAAGCAAUAGUUUGUGACAGUGAACCUGUAUCAUCCACAGGUGAGAUAGCUCUGGCUGCAGGUAAAGGUCUCUGGAGUUGUUUGCUUGCAAACCUCUAGGUCCUUUUUGGGCCUGUCAGUUUUACUUUGGAAAUCAUAGUCUAGAUACUGAGUAUGGAAGGCAAUAACACAGCUUUAAAAUCUCAGUGUGCGUAGCAUGGAAUGAAAGAAGAAAAUUGCUGCUAGUCAGUCUUCCCUCGCAUGUGUCAAUGAGGGAAAUGGAAGAAAUAACAUUCUUAAAUGAAUCACAGUAUUUUAAAUUCUUUUUUCAGAAGAUGUUACAAGUAAAUAAAACUUAUAACUUUUAAGGUUUUAAAUUAAAAACAGAUGUUCUUGAAGCUUUUUCCAAAAUGCAUUUGGAUAUAAAUAUGGUCAAUUUUAGAUUGGAAAAUACUUAUUUUCUUUAUCCUUUUUUCUCUGUGUGUGCAUUAUGGACUUUAGUAACACUCCCACUAGAAACUUGGUUGGACUUCUGAUCAGAAUACCAAAGAAAUUAACAUUAGCAAAAGAAGUGGGACUUCAGACUGGAAAGGGUGUUCCUGCGUGUCCAUGGCAUGGCUGUAGGGUCAGGGCAGCACAGGCCAGCCCAGAGCUGGGUCAUCCAAGUCCUGCAGCUACAGCUGUUAAUCAGUGGCAAGCAAAAGCAAGCAAGACAACAGGCACUCAAGAAUCAGACUGGGUAGAGCAGCUCCAGGUACCCACUCUCUGAAGGGAAAAUCCCAGGUACACCUGCAAUUAAAGUUCUCAUGCCUGCUCUUUCUCCUACAAUGGAAGAAGGAAACAUCGUGAAAUGGUUGAAGAAGGAAGGUGAAAUGGUGAAUGCUGGAGAUGCACUGUGUGAAAUUGAAACAGACAAAGCGGUGGUUACCAUGGAAUCAAGUGAUGAUGGCAUAUUGGCAAAAAUACUGGUAGAAGAAGGAAGCAAAAAUGUACGCUUGGGCUCCCUAAUUGGUCUGCUGGUAGAAGAAGGACAGGACUGGAAACAGGUUGAAAUACCAGCUGAUGCUAAUGAUCAAUCUUCUCUGGCACCACCUGCAGCUGCUGUUACCUCAACUCCUGCAGGUCCUUCAGUUUCUGCCCCUCCUAAAGUGGAGCAUCAACCUGGAAAACUGCAGUUUCGCUUAAGUCCUGCAGCUCGCAACAUUGUGGAGACACAUGGGCUAGAUCCAAGCAGUGUUACACCUUCUGGGCCUCGAGGAAUCUUCACUAAAGAGGAUGCUCUUAAACUUCUGCAAGGGAAGCAGAAGGAUAAACCCAGUGAAUUGAAACCUGUGGUUUCUCCAGCUACUCCUCAGCCUACUGCAGUGCCUUCUGCUUUGCCAGCAGCAGCUGUGCCUUCUGCUUAUCCAAGGCCAAUAGUUCCACCAGUUUCUACACCAGGACAACCUGCUGCACCGGGCACAUUCACAGAAAUACCAGCUAGCAACAUCCGAAGAGUAAUUGCAAAGAGAUUAACAGAGUCUAAAACUACUAUACCUCAUGCAUAUGCUGCUGCUGACUGUGACAUUGAUGCUAUUUUGAAAUUAAGAAGUGAAUUGGCCAAAGAUGACAUUAAAGUAUCUGUAAAUGAUUUUAUUAUCAAGGCAGCAGCUGUCACUCUGAAGCAAAUGCCAGAUGUGAAUGCAACGUGGGAUGGAGAAGGCUGCAGGCAGCUGCAGUCCAUUGACAUUUCUAUUGCUGUGGCAACAGACCGAGGUCUCAUUACACCAAUCAUAAAAGAUGUUCCUGCCAAAGGAAUACAGGAAAUUGCUGCCUCUGCAAAGGCUCUAGCGAAGAAAGCAAGAGAUGGAAAGCUGCUACCUGAAGAGUACCAGGGAGGAUCUUUCAGUAUCUCCAACCUAGGUAUGUUUGGCAUCAAUGAUUUCAUUGCAGUCAUAAACCCUCCACAGGCCUGCAUCCUAGCUGUGGGUCGAGCAAGGCCAGAGCUCAAGAUUGUGGAAGAUGAAGAAGGGAAUGAGAAACUUAAGCAGCAUCAGCUCAUGACAGUGACUCUCUCAAGUGAUGGUCGUGUAGUAAAUGAUGAACUGGCCUCAAAGUUUCUGGAAACCUUCAAAGCCAACAUUGAGAAUCCAAUACGUCUUGCCUUGUGUUGAAUUCAGUGAAGAUUGCUUCCUGAUUUGACAGCACAGAACUCUGUUACAGAAAAACAACCCCAAGUAAGAAUAGAGAGAGUAAAUAGUGUGAGAUAGACAGUUAAAAUAUUUAAUUUAUUGAAUUAACAUGGGAAAUAUAAAUUUUCAUGCUUUUAGUCAUUUCCAGUGACCAGUUUUUAUAUUGUAAAGCUAAAGACCUUAAGGUAGGCAUAUUACAUUUCUUUAAACAUUAAGUUCUAAUAGCACAUAACGUGUGCUUAGAAAUUAAAUUUCCUGUAUAAAGAAAAGCUUUAAAAAAAUUAUAUAAAAUUUAAAAGGGAAUUGAGGUACUUCAAGGGCUAAAUAUCUAGCUUUUACAGUGAGGUAAGCAAGAACUGUAAUUAAACAAUAUGCUGCUAUGAGUCCUGAUUAAUACUGAGGUUGUGGAGUAGCUAACUUACAUUGCUGCAGUGUUUUUCUUUUUUUCAGUUUGCAAAAGACUUCUGGCACAUUUUGCUAUCCAGACUAGAUUGAAGUACGGUUUGUGAAAUUUUAAUGAAGAUUUCCGUGACUUCUGACAUAAGAGCAAAGAAUUUAUAAACCAAUUAAAAGUUUUGUUUAGUUACAUUUACAUCAGAGGUUUAACUGUUAUUUAUCCUCUUUACUGUGACCUGCACUGGGCAAAGAGAGGUGAGUGUGGAGAUGAAUAGGGAAGAGAAAUGACAGGAAGUUCUGAGAAAGACUAAAUUAGAUCUUAAAUAAAAAUGUGAUUUCACAAAAUAUGAAGUAACCUGAUAGAAUCUACAGCUGCAUUUAUAUAAUUAGAUCUCAUUUAUACACAUUUAAACAGUAGCUGAAUCUAUCUUUUUUUCAGUAUUUUAAGAUUGCUGCUUUAUUUCAUACCAUGCAGAGGGCGGAGACAGGAAUAAAAUGGUCUGAAAGGGGUAUCUCACUGGUUUCAGAUUUCACUGAUUUUAGUUUGGUGCCACCAACAUCUGAGGAAAACAGAAUUUUGUGCAGCAGUUAAUUAGUUUUCUUUGGCUUAAUUUAAAAAAAAAAAAAAAGUGAUCUUUGAAUUUAGCAGCUGUCCCAACUCAGAAAUCUUCUUCAGUACCACAAAAUAUGAAAAACAGUGUUUUCAGGUGUUCAGUGAUAAACUGUUGUUAACUUAAAACCCAGCACUAAUAUGAAGGAAAAGGUGGCUUUGAUCGGGGGUGCCAUAUAAAAGGUCAAGUUUUGCACAUUGAAGAUUUGCUGAUUAAUUCUGCUUUUCCAAUGCAUUAAUGAUGUAGGUAUGAAAUACUCCACUGUUAGUCAUAUAUUGAAUGGUAACUCGGCUGGAGGAAUAUGUUCAGCGGCACAAAGCUCAAGUGAAAUGAGAUUUCUUCCUAUGGAUAAAUAUGGAACCACUUGUUGUAUGUGUUUGUAAUGAAGUAACUGCAUUUACAGAACCUGAUGAUAUAAAUUCAGUUGAAUUCUGAGAGUCUGUAUUAUUCUGGUUGUUUUUAAGUUUUGGUUAUUUUACAGAUUUGUAGGACUUGUUUAUUGAGCUGCUGCCAUAAUUAAAAAGAUAACUGCAAGACAAAAGCUUUAGUUAUUGCUGAGUUCAGUGUUUUCACUAAAUGUUUGCUACUUUGUCUUGUUCUGAUGCCAUAAAUUUCCUAAAUUGUUGAUGUAUCAGUAGGGAGGAAAAAAAUCUCUGAUUAACAGAUUUAGUCUACUGCAUAAGAAUGGACAUAUGCACUGGUAUUUCCAGGAGUUUUUCACUGCUCGAUUCUGUUCAUGACUGUGUGCUAAGACUGAUUUUUCUCUAUAGUGUUCAUGUGUGAACCCCAGCAUUCAAUAAUCUACUCCCUGCCUGGCCAUAGCUGAGGGCUGCAUGACUGAUGUGUAUAUAGAACUGUAAUUUCAUGUGUUUGUGUUCGUGUAGUGCAAGUCAGUCUAUUACUUUUUGUUUGGAGCCACUGAAAGGCGCUGUUGUGUAUAUAUAUCGUUUAUUGUGCUGUUCCACUCAUGUGAGUGCUAAUACUUUCCCUGUUUGACACAAAUAGCUGAAGACAAUGCAACUUCUUUUCCAGGUUAAGUAAACCUGAAACAACUUUUGAACGGGGCAAAUCUGUCAGUAAGGCUAAUGGAAGUUUUAAGUUUGUUUUCUUUACAUAUGCCUGUUAGCCAGCCUUGUCAUUUGGCAGAAAAAGGAUGUGUGUGAUUUGUCAGUCAUCAGCCUGUGAAGGACCUCUCUGGAAUUUAGUCACGUUACAGUAACAGUCAGAUCCCAAAUAAAUACAUCCCCUUAAGUAAUUGUACCAUUCAACAACAUCUACGGCUUUAGCAAAAGUGAGAUGAUACUAGCUGCUCAUACAGAUCAAAAUAAACCAUUUAUGGAGAAUUCAAGAAUUUGAUAACAAAGGCAAUGGUAGAAACAGCCCAGAAAAUGGACCAUGUAAAAUGCUUAUGCUUACAUUUGAAGCACGUUUGUCUUAGAGUAAAAACUUCACAGUUAAAAGUACAAACUUCCGUGUUUUAUUCUUUAGAAUGACAUCUGCCAACGUCUCUUUUAGGUACCUGAGCAAGAAAUACCAUGAAAACCUCCAUUUUCUUGAGUUAAAACACUCAAAAUUAAAAUUUGAGGUCUGUGUUAUUGUUGGCUGGGAACUGUCUGCCUUCAGGAUAUGCUUGGUGAAAAUUGCUUUCUUCAUAUAAUUUUCUUUUGAAAGAGGAAUAGUUAGGAAAACUAAAGGAUAGCUAUUUUGGACACUGUGAUUGUUGGCAAGUCAUGAACUGUAUGCGUUACACUUCAAUCUCUAAUUUUACUCUCAGAAUCUUUGGCUUUUUUUCUUUUCUGCCAUGUAUUCCUUUUGCAAUAAAAUUUCUGGAAUUAA